AUAACAACCCUACUUAUCUACUGAUGCAACAGGACUUGACUGAUAAACGUUUACACUCUCCAUUAUUAUGGGUCCAUUGAAUCUGCUGUGCGUGUUAGCUGUCGCAAUACGAGGCGGCGUGUUCUGCCAAACUGACCCACACCAUUUGAUUGAUGAAGUAGUCAGUGCCGGACUCCAGUGCCACAAGACGCCGGGACUAGCCGUGGCCGUGGUUAAAGAUGGACAAGUCGUCCUGUCCAAGGGAUACGGGUUCGCCGAUGUCGAAACGCAGACGCCUGUCACGGGAGAAACUCUGUUUGGAAUCGCGUCCAACACAAAGGCGUUCACGACAACGCUGUUGGUGAAGUUGUUAAGCAGAAGAAGCGACCUGAAGAUCAGCACCAAUGUGUACCGAGUGCUGGGCAGUGGCUUCAAGUUCAACAACACUCUGCGGUCUAUUUACGCCACCUUGGAGGACCUAGCAGCGCACAGACUGGGGAUACCGAGAAAUAACUACAUCAGACUCGACACCAGUCUAACCAGAAGAAAUCUGGAAAGACGAGUCAAGUAUCUGAAGUCUGUAGGUGGAUUUCGAGACAGUUUCUACUACAGUGACCUCAUGUACGGUCUGCUUGCCAACAUCAUUGAACGAAUUGGUGGGGCCGAUUGGGAGAGCUUGACACAGACCGAGAUCUUUGAUCCUCUACACAUGACGUCAUCGAAUUUUAGCACUCGCUUUAAUUUCAACUCCGCGACUAAUGCCGCAACGCCUUACGUGGUUGAACAUGGGGUUUUGGUGAAAGCAUCCACUGAUUUUAUCAAACACUGGGCGAUGAUAGGUGCUUCUGGGGCGAUCUUGUCCAAUGCUAAUGACAUGGCCAAGUGGCUUCUGUUCCAUCUAGCGGACGGCAAGAACGAGGACGGGCUUCAGGUGGUGGACAAGAGUGCACUGGCAGACACGUACAAGGCGAGGAACACCAUCGGGUCAACCGGCGCCAUCAACAAGUACUUCCAUCGGCCAGCCGUCCCCGUUACCACGAGCAACGAUGGGUAUGCGCUUGGCUGGAAAACGGGCUAUUACAGAGGCCUACCAAUGGUUCAGCACACUGGAAGCACAUUUGGCUACCGCAGCAUAGUGACGCUGAUACCGAGUCAGAAACUUGGAGUAUUCAUCGUCAUGACGGGAAGCGACCCAAACUACUUCUUCCGGAAUAGUCUUCAGGACUAUAUUGCCGACGUGUACAUGGGCGAGACGCCGUGGUUGAACAAGACGACGAUCUGCACGUUUCCCAGCCCCUGGCACUCGUCCCGCAGACGAUCAGUUUCUAGAAGACGUGUCGGACGAUUGCGGAAUGUGCACGCUUCUCUCCAGGCAUAUGUCGGAACUUACCGGAACGAGGCUUACGGAAACAUCAUCGUGACCUGUUGCACCAUUACAAAUAAACUGCACGCCGUGUACGGUUACGGUCGAUGGAAUCUGGUUGAAGAUAGAGUUGACGACUUUGAUGGUAGCUGGACACGCGGGCCGCCAAACAUUGAUGUCAAAUUUAAGUUUAUGCGUUCUGGCGGCGCGAUAAAUGCUCUCAACAUUCCGACGUUUUACCCAAAAUAUCCGCCGGUGUUUUUUCGCAUUGAAAAUGGUAAUAACAUAAUUGGUUAAAAUUAUGUGUAAAACUUCAAUCUGUAGUAAAAUAUAUACCACA